UCCACUCACGAGCGCGCAACGCUUCUAAGGCUUAAAUUUCAGCAGUAAAUUACGUCAGCCUGAACGAUUAUACAUGUUAUCGAACCCGCCCAAGUUUCUUUCGCAGUAGUUCUCUUCUUCUUUAAGAGAUUAGACGCCUUACAGAGUCAGCAUGAGUUGUCCAAUAGGAAACAGAUAUGCUGACGAACAGGAUGGUGCCCAGCUUGGCGAAGAAGCUGGAAUGCUGUAUGGGGAAUAUCUUAUGUUGGAUAAAGUUUUGGGCGCCCAAAGAAUGUUAAGUAAAGUACAUAAUAAACCAGUCCACGACGAGCAUCUCUUUAUAGUUACCCAUCAAGCUUAUGAAUUAUGGUUUAAACAAGUAAUUUUUGAAUUGGAUUCGAUUAGAUCCGUCUUCAGUGUUCCGAUGGAGGAAUCUCAAACUUUGGAAAUUUUAAAACGGUUAAAUCGUGUGGUGCUCAUAUUAAAACUUUUGGUGGAUCAAGUGAUGAUAUUAGAAACGAUGACCCCAUUGGAUUUCAUGGAUUUUCGCGAAUAUCUCUGCCCAGCUUCAGGAUUUCAAAGUUUACAGUUUCGUUUGUUGGAAAAUAAAUUGGGCGUGAAACAAGAAAAUCGCGUUAAAUACAAUCAAAAUUAUCAAAGAGUUUUUGGAGACGAUCCCGAAGCUGUAAAACGAAUUGAGGACUCUGAAAAACAACCGUCUUUAGUAGUUUUGGUUGAAAAGUGGUUGGAAAGAUCUCCUGGUUUGGAAUUGAGCGGGUUUAAUUUUUGGGGAAAAUAUCAAAAAGCUGUUGAAAAAUUAUUGAGUGAACAUGAAAAAUUAGCCAACGAAUGUACAGUAGAAAAGGUCAAAAAAUACAGAUUAAUGGAUUUAGAAAAACGUCGUGAAGUUUACGAAUCGAUCUUUAACCCUUUAAUUCAUGACGGUUUAAUAUCAAGAGGAGAACGUCGAUUUUCCCAUAAAGCUCUACAAGCUGCAAUUAUGAUCACUUUUUACAGAGAUGAACCAAGAUUUAGUCAACCGCACCAAAUUUUAACACUUUUAAUGGAUAUAGAUUCAUUAAUUACUAAAUGGAGAUAUAAUCACGUUUUAAUGGUACAAAGAAUGUUGGGUUCAUCUCAAUUAGGAACUGGGGGUUCUUCGGGAUAUCAAUAUUUAAGGUCAACGUUAAGUGAUCGAUACAAAGUAUUUUUGGAUUUGUUUAAUUUGUCGACAUUUUUAAUUCCUCGGGAGUUUAUUCCUCCACUUACGGCUGAUUUUAAAAAUAAUCUUUGUUAUAGCGGUUAUAGUAAAGAUUUACCGGAAGAAAAUAAUAAAAUAACCAACGGAAAUUGUACGAUUAAUAGUAAUAAAAUUUAAAUGUUGUGAAUAAAAUAAU